UUGUUUCCGGUUCCGGGUCAUUACAAUCCUUCACAAACAGGUGAAAUGUUGACCCGACUGUCGCGGUUCGGGCCCGCUUUGCCCCGGUUACUCUCAAAUCCACCGGCCCGGUUCAUCUCCCAGUCAAAACCGACCGGUGCUGCUGGUUCAACCGCCGUGACGGAGCUCCACCCAGCCGCGGAGAAGACUGGACACAGUGAGGUCAGCCCGUAUGUCAAGAAUCCAGAUUACCAUGGCUUCUCCAGUGACCCUGUGGUGGAUGAGUGGAACAUGAGGGUGGGCUUCUUCUUCGGCAUCUCAGUGGCUCUCGUUAUUGGGGGAACGUUUAUCCACUAUUUACCAGACCACGGCAUGCGGCAGUGGGCCAGAAGGGAGGCAGAGCGUGUGGUCCAGCAGAGAGAGAAGGAGGGUCUUCCUCUCAUAGACCAGAACUAUUACGACCCACACAAGAUCGUUCUGACCACAGAUGGAGAGGAGUAGGAUGUCCAACAUCCACCUGCUCUAUUUCAUGAUUAAUGUAUUUCACUAUGACAGAAUAAAUGAUGUACUUGUUGAAUUGA